GCGCUCUAGGCCUUAUAGCAUUAUUUUCAAUUAUGUCUGGCCGCGGAAAGCAAGGAGGCAAGACCCGCGCUAAGGCCAAGUCGCGCUCGUCCCGCGCAGGCCUGCAGUUCCCGGUGGGGCGAGUGCACCGUCUGCUGCGCAAAGGCAACUACGCCGAGCGGGUGGGGGCCGGCGCGCCCGUCUACAUGGCGGCAGUUCUCGAGUACCUGACCGCCGAAAUUCUGGAGCUGGCGGGCAACGCGGCCCGAGACAACAAGAAGACGCGCAUCAUCCCGCGUCACCUGCAGCUGGCAAUCCGCAACGACGAGGAACUGAACAAGCUGUUGGGCAAAGUCACCAUCGCCCAGGGCGGCGUUUUGCCCAACAUCCAGGCCGUUCUAUUACCAAAGAAAACCGAAAGCCACAAAGCCAAAAGCAAAUAAAUCCAGACAAAGUAAACCAAAGACCAAAGGCUCUUUUUAGAGCCACCCAAGUUUUCAAAAAAAGAGCUAAUGCGCUGUUUCGUGAUCAGCCCUUCAUUUGACACUUUGGUGGCUCUUAAAAGAGCCUUUGGGGUGAAUGGGGUUGGUGUCAAGCCUCCUAAUUACUUAUUCUUGCCAGGCUUGUGACUCUCCGUUUUCUUGGGCAACAAGACUGCCUGGAUAUUGGGCAAGACGCCGCCCUGGGCAAUUGUGACACCCCCGAGUAACUUGUUGAGCUCUUCAUCAUUUCUCACGGCUAGUUGCAAAUGGCGAGGGAUGAUGCGUGUCUUCUUAUUGUCUCGGGCCGCGUUGCCGGCCAGCUCCAGGAUUUCCGCGGUCAGGUACUCCAGCACGGCCGCCAGGUACACUGGCGCGCCGGCCCCGACUCGCUCGGCGUAGUUGCCUUUGCGCAGCAGGC